GCGCCCCUGCCCUUAUCGCACACCGCUUGGUGCGGGACCGGGCGGGAGGAGAGCAAUCGAGAGCGGCGUCUGUGUUCGAGACUCGCAGCAGAUUUGCCGUUUGCGCUCGCGCAGUGCGUCACCGCGGUCCGCGUACAUCACACACAUCGCGCAGAAAGUGUCGUUUGCCGCUUGUGCGGAUUGUGUGAACAAGUAAGUUGGUCCCCAAACCCAAAUCCCGGCCGGGUGCGUUCGUGUGACACGAUGAUCCAGUACUACGUCCGCGAGUCGAUCCAGUUUGUGGUGUCGUACGCCCUGUGCCUGUUCUACAGCUGCCGGGUGCUGUUCGGUCUGCUGGUGCUGCUCGUCACCAAACCGCACACCAAAUUUUGGGCCACAAAGGAGCGGCCCGUGCCGCCGGAAUGUUUGCGCAAUCACGAGUACGGCACCGAUAAGUACCAGAAUGCGAACGGCAUCCGGAUACAUUUCGUGGAGAAUGGAGAUCGCAGCAAACCGCUCAUGGUGCUCGUGCACGGCUUUCCCGAGUUUUGGUUCUCGUGGCGCCAUCAGCUGAAGGAGUUCUCCAAAGAUUACUGGGUGGUGGCGUUGGAUAUGCGCGGGUACGGUGACACCGAGAAGCCCCAGUACCAGUACGCCUAUCGGAUCGACAACAUGACCGAGGACAUCCGGUGCCUGGUGCGACAGUUAGGUCGUCAAAAGUUUACCCUUGUUGCGCACGACUGGGGCGCAGUGAUUGGAUGGCACUUCAUCACCAAGCACAUGGAGAUGGUCGAUCGGUACAUCAUGAUGGACGCACCCUCGCAGAAGAUUGCCCGGAAGCUGUUCUCCACCAGCAAAACCCAGUUCAAGAUGUCCUGGUACAUCUUCUUCUACCAAAUGCCCUGGCUGCCGGAGUUCUUCGUGCGCCUGAUGGAUUUCCACCUGUUCGAGGUGGUGUUCCGCCACCACGGUGGGCCGGACGUGAUCGAGGCGUUCAAGUACACGUUCUCCAAACCGCACGCCAUGACGUACCCGAUCAACUACUAUCGCCAGAAUUUCCGCUUCUUCACGAGGCGGCAGAUGCCACCGCGGCCGAAAACGUUCGCCCCCGGGCUGUACCUGAUCGGCGAGAAGGAUCUGUACAUCUCGAAGGAGUCGGGACCGCUGAUGCAGCAGGAGUUUGAGAAUCUGGAGUUCCGUGUCGUGCCCGGUGUCGAUCACUUCCUGCAGCAGCACAACCCGGAGCUGGUCAACCAGGUCAUGCGAGAAUUUCUGUCCAAGAGCUAAGCUCUGUGUUGCUCAAUGUGAGGGCUUUGGGGGGUUUUCUUUGUAGUGGCUUUUUUAAAAUAGAAUAAAAAAAUACUGCUAAGAAAGAUAUAAUGUAA